AUGGCAGCUCUUCUUCCCAGGACGCCUGCAUCACCUAUCCUCACUCGCUUCUUUGCCCGCACCCACAAGAAGGCACUUUCAGCGCUGCCGGACAACAUACGGACCACCCCUCCACGACCGAUACCUGCUGCAAACCCUUUUAUUCCACGGUUCAAUCCCGAUUCACGAUGUUGGGCACCACCAGAGUAUUCCAAACGUCGACAAAUAGAGCUUCUGAAAGCAGCACAGGAUGAGGGAUUCUCCCAGUGGAUGCCCUGCGCGGAAGGAGAACGAGUCGGGGGCGGGAGGAAGGGACAACGAGCAGCGCACGCAGCAGCAGCGGCUGUGACAGCGCACGAAUCGGUGCAGGAGGGAGGUGUGGAGGAGAUUGGGGAUCAGGGAGGGAGCACAAUUGUAGCGAGCGCUUCUACUCCUGAUGCACCUACCUCUUCCCUCCUUGUGGCUGCGGUUGCCCAAAAGGCAGUGAAGAGACAACACAAGUCAAAGACAAACACCACCCCACAGCAAAUAACAGACCCAGAGGCGCCUUUCCUCUGGAUCGGUAUUCCCAACCCCGUAUAUGCUCAUGAGACGGUGUACGGCGCGAAGACACGGCAGAAGUGGUUCAAGGGCCACAGGUGGGAGCGGGAGAAGGUGGAGAGGCAGAAGCGCGUCAAGAAAAACAUCGAGACUAUGGACGAACGGAUCAAGGACUGGCGGGAUAACAGGGUGAGCAAGAGACAGGAGGCAAGGCUCCAGAGCGGUUUGCCCUUCUAGGCAGAUUCACGAUGUAUCUGAUGGGAAAUUCCAAUA